AUGUCAAACAUAAUAUCUCCAGCCUCAAAACAACUAUACUACAAAGUAACUCAAAUAAGAUCAUCAAUAGGUAUGCCUCCAAAAACAAGAAAUACACUCGAAGCAUUGGGAUUACGUAGAAGAAACCAAACCAAAUAUAUAAAAUGUGAUGUCGCAUCAGCUCAUUCGUUAAGUAAAGUUAAAGAAUUGGUUACUGUUGAGGUCACUGAUUACUAUAAGAACAACAGAGAGAUUAAUUUGGAGAGAAAAUGGCCUUCUGGGUUUGAGUUAGUUAAGGAUGGUACGAGGAAAGUUUAUGAAUAA